AUGGAGAUGAGCGUAGAGGAACAGGAGCAGGAGACGAUGCAGGCCAUGAACGAGGCCGUGGGUAUCGUGGAGGGUAAGGAACAGGCCACUCUGGAUCUGCUGCUGGACAUGUUGGGACGAUUCCAGAAAGAUGAAAUGUUGAAGAAGGAGGCCGAGGCGUUCGUGCAGCAGGUGAUGGAGGAGGAACAGGCAGAGAGCGCUGAGGAGCUGAGGAGAGCCGAGGCGGCCAAGGCUCAGACCGAUGCAUUCGAGAAGGAAUGGGUGGAGCGCGUUCGAGGGAAGCUGCAAGUCGUGCAAGAGCAAGAAGGUAGUGUCGCCGUAGAGGUGGAGGUGGAGAAGGUGACAGCGACAUCUGCAGCAUCGAAGAGCUCGGUGCUCAGCGGAUGGCGAGCAGCAACGGACAACGGAAAUGGCGCGAAGAACGGCAAGAAGGCACAAAUCAAGAAGCAACUCGAGAUGGACGAUGAAUGGGCGCAUUGGGCUGAAGAUGACGACGAUCACAGCCCCACCAAGCAGUAG